AAGGUAUUCCUGUGCGUUUCGAGAGGCGAGAUUUGAUUGGCUGCCGGACGGCCGCGCUCCCACCAACGACGAGGAUUCUUCGCCUCUCUCGCUCAGUUUCUCCCGGACUGCCGAAGCUGUGACAACGUUCCUCCCCGUGGGUGGUGUUCGGUGUCUGCCUGUGGUCUCAGUGAUGUCCGGGCCGCCUUGAGGCAUUUCCUGAAUCUGAAUCAUAGAGAAAAUUAUGGAAGACUCGUGUCUGAAUGAACAUGUCCGGAAACCGCCCGAUUGAUCGAUUUUCGAAUCCGGUUCGAGCGAUUAUGAAUCUCGACUGGUGCUGGAUACUAUGGAUGAUUACUGCCUACUUCGCCUCCGUCGAGGCUUCCCUCGGGAACUGGAUGUAUUUGGGGGUGUCAGGAGUGGCCCCGAUGAUGAUGAACGACGCCCCUGCAGGCAACGAUCUCUCUUCCAACAGCAUCUGCUCCUCUAUUCCCGGACUCGUGCCCGACCAGGUGAAGUUGUGCGAAAGUCACCCAUGGGCGAUCGAGAGCGUCUCUGAGGGCGCGCGUCGGGGCAUCCGGGAAUGCCAGGAGCAGUUCCGCUACGAGAGAUGGAACUGCAGCACGAGAAGGGAUCACUUCGACAUCUUCGGCUACAUCAUGAAACGAGGCAGCAAAGAAACGGCGUUCAUCUACGCCGUGACGAGUGCCGGCGUGGUGCAUGCAAUCACGGAGGCAUGCAGUUCCGGGAACCUCACGGAUUGCUCCUGCGAUUCCUCCAGGCGCGGCCACUCCACUCCACAAGGAUGGAAGUGGGGAGGAUGCAGUGACGACAUCGAGUACGGGGUGGAGUUGGCGGAGAGUUUCGUCGAUGCGAGCGAGAAGGAGCGACUGGAAAAGAAACGAAAGAAGAAGGGGUACACGUCCCCUCGAGCCGUCAUGAAUCUCCAUAACAACGACGCCGGCAGAGAAGCGGUGACGUCGUUGAUGAAGAUGCGCUGUCGCUGUCACGGUGUGUCCGGCUCCUGCGAGCUCAAGACGUGCUGGAGAGCGCUGCCCCCCUUCGCCGAUGUCGGAAAAUACCUCAAAAAGAAAUACGAAUCGGCCAUCCAGGUACUGAUGUUUCCUUUACCCUUAGAAAAUAGUAAAAUAGUGGUAGAGCCCGAAGCUUCAUUGUCAUAUAUAUAUAUAUAUAUAUAUAUAUAUGAAAACGCCGCGAAAGGCAACCCUUAA